GGGGCGGAGCGGGAUCGAGCCCUCGCCGGGGCCAGCCGCCAUGGGCCCGCGCCGCCGCCGCCGCCUGCCACCCAGGCCGCGCGGGCCGUGAGCACCAUGGCCGUGGCCCCAGCGGGCGGCUCAUGCGCGCCGGCGCUGGAGGCCCUGCUCGGGGCCGGAGCGCUGCGGCUGCUCGACUCCUCGCAGAUCGUCAUCAUCUCCACCGCGCAGGACGCCAGCGCCCAGCCGGGCCCCGCCGGCCCCGCCGCCGGCCGCGACCCCGACCUGCUGCUCUUCGCCACGCCGCAGGCGCCCCGGCCCACACCCAGCGCGCCGCGCCCGGCUCUCGGCCGCCCGCCGGUGAAGCGGAGGCUGGACCUGGAAACUGACCAUCAGUACCUGGCUGAGAGCAGUGGACCAGUCCGGGGUAGAGGCCGGCACCCAGGAAAAGGUGUGAAGUCUCCCGGAGAGAAGUCACGCUAUGAGACGUCGUUGAAUCUGACCACCAAACGCUUCCUGGAGCUGCUGAGUCGCUCAGCCGAUGGUGUUGUUGACCUGAACUGGGCAGCUGAGGUGCUGAAGGUGCAGAAACGGCGCAUCUACGACAUCACCAACGUCCUUGAGGGCAUCCAGCUCAUUGCCAAGAAGUCCAAGAACCAUAUCCAGUGGCUAGGCAGCCAGGCCACAGUGGGGAUCGGUGGACGGCUAGAAGGGCUGACCCAGGACCUCCAGCAACUGCAGGAGAGUGAGCAGCAGCUGGACCACCUGAUGCACAUCUGUACCACGCAGCUGCGGCUGCUUUCUGAAGACUCUGACAGCCAGCGCCUGGCCUAUGUGACCUGCCAGGACCUUCGUAGCAUUGCAGACCCUGCAGAGCAGAUGGUCAUGGUGAUCAAGGCCCCUCCGGAGACCCAACUCCAAGCUGUGGACUCUUCAGAGACCUUUCAGAUCUCCCUUAAGAGCAAACAAGGCCCCAUCGAUGUUUUCCUGUGCCCUGAGGAGAGUGCCGGGAUCAGCCCUGCGAAGACCCCAUCCCAGGAGGCAUCUUCUGGGGAGGAGGACAAGACAGAUGACCCUGUCACUGCAGUGCCACCACCAUCAUCUCUCCCCUCAUCCCCAUCCGUGGAUCCUGGCCAAUCCCUGCUCAGCCUGGAGCAAGAGCCCCUGCUAUCACGGAUGGGUGGCCUGCGGGCCCCUGUGGACGAGGACCGCCUAUCCCCAUUGGUGGCUGCAGACUCGCUUCUGGAGCAUGUGCGAGAGGACUUCUCUGGUCUCCUUCCUGAGGAGUUCAUCAGCCUCUCCCCACCCCAGGAGGCCCUUGACUACCACUUUGGCCUUGAGGAGGGUGAGGGCAUCAGAGACCUUUUUGACUGUGACUUUGGGGACCUUACCCCCCUGGAUUUCUGACAGGGGCUUCAGGGCUCAGGGUCUCCUGAGGCGCA